AUGAGCGGCAAACGGACGAGAAGUUUUAAAUGCGCCGUGCACCAUCGGGACCGCGAGGUCUGCUCCGAGAACGAUUUCCACCUGCUCGUGCACGAGCCACCGCUGUUUCACAGGAUGGUCCGCAUGAUCGGCGAUGAAUUCCUUACGGAAGAGCGGGACCGAAAAUAUUACGCCGAUCACUACACGUGCUGCCCGCCACCUCUCUUCAUCAUCCUCAUCACUCUUGUAGAGGCUUACGUUAUAAAGAAGACGGGUCACAGCCUAUUCUUGUUGCACAGGUUAGAUCUCUAA